UCGCUCGUGGGGCAGCCAGCUGGGAGCAGCGGGCAGUGAGGCAGCCGGCUCCUCCGCCCCGGCCAGGGGGACGCACUCAGUAAACACAAAAGUGAGAGCCACUCAAGGGGCAGCCAAAGCAAGAGGAGAGAAAGAGAAGGGAAGAAAAAAAGGGUGAAAAAAAAAACCCAGGAAAAAAAAAAAAAGGAAAGGAAAGCGCUCGCUCGCUCUUUCUCUAGAAUAACAAAAUACCUGAUCGUAACAAAAUAACAUCCUUCAGAAAAAAUCCAGCAGGGACUUGACAUACCAAAAAGGCAAGGCGAGGAGAACGUGCCAGGGCCCGGGGAAAGCGAGCCAAAGCCGCGAUCGCUGCCAGGGCAGGAGAGCAGCAUGUCAAGCGCCGGGGCACACACGGAUGAGCGCUGCCGGCAGCCCGCCUUCCUUCCCGGCCCGCCGCUGCCGCAAGAAGUUGAGAGUAGCAGCGGCAGUGCCAAGGUGCAGAGGAUGUGUGCGGCGAGGCGGAUGCUGCUGCUGCUGCUGGCUUUCCUGGCCUACGCACUGGAUUCAGCGGCUGCGUACGGCACGGCGGAGACCCUCUGUGGUGGGGAGCUGGUGGACACACUGCAAUUCGUCUGCGGGGACAGGGGCUUCUAUUUCAGUAGACCGGUGGGACGAAAUAACCGGCGGAUCAAUCGGGGGAUUGUGGAGGAGUGCUGCUUUCGGAGCUGUGACCUGGCUCUGCUGGAAACAUACUGCGCCAAGUCCGUCAAGUCGGAGCGUGACCUCUCCGCCACCUCCCUGUCAGGCCUGCCAGCCCUCGGCAAGGAGAGCUUCCAGAAGCCCUCGCAUGCCAAAUACUCCAAGUAUGACGUGUGGCAGAAGAAGAGCUCCCAGCGGCUGCAGCGGGAAGUGCCCAGCAUCCUGCGGGCUCGCCAGUACCGGUGGCAGGCUGAGGGGCUGCAAGCGGCUGAGGAAGCCAAGGUGCUGCAUCGUCCCCUCAUCUCCCUGCCCAGCCAGAGGCCUCCAGUGGUGCGAGCCUCCCCGGAAACGGCUGGCCCCCAGAAAUGAACCCUGACCAGCUGUCUCGAUUUUUGAUCUCCUGGGGGAGGGCGGGAGGACUGGUGAUUCCCGACCCCCAAGCCCCUCCGUCCCCGGGGCCGCUGAGCCAAGGAGCGGGGCGGCGGGGCACCCUCACGCCGCUCUGGCCCCAACCAAACAACUGACACAGCAAGGAGGGGAUGACGGCGGCAGCGGCGUGGCGAGCAGCACCGCUCCCACGGCAUCGUCCUUUUGGGGUGGGGGGGAGGGUUGUUUCGUUUCCCACACCUGUUUCAUUCCCCCGCUUCCCCGGUAUUUCCAAGCCUGUACUUGCAAAGGGACAGUUUGGCACUUGAACUUUUUGCUGCCGGGUGCUGCGUGACAUCCCCGGUGCCAACACCAGAAGACAAAAGAAAGAGCAAGAGGGAAAAAGGAUAUGAAGUUAAAAUUUUUUUAACCUUUUUUUUCUCGUGAAGAGUCCAUUCCAUGUCUUUCUUGACAAUAAAGUGAAAAAAACAAUAAAAUGGGGAGAAAUGUUGAGGAAUAAAAUUUUUUUGCCUCAUUCCCACCCCACUUUUUUCUUCUUUUUUUGUUCUUUUUUUCUUUUGGUUUUCUUAUUUUUAUAACUUUCUUUUGCACCUUUAAACAAAAAAUGUACCUGAGAAGAAGUUCCGAGGAGCCCCCAUCUGCGUUUUUGUGUGUGUGCUUCAUUACAAGAUUCCAAAUCGACUUGCACCUUUUGAAAUCACCGAUGAUGUGAGAAAGAGAGGAAGAGGAGAGAGAAAGCGAGAAAGAGAGAAGGAAAAGGAAAGGGGAAAGAAGAAAAAAAAGAAAAAAGUGAGCUGAUGCUCACUUUAAAUGGAGAAGGCGUCUGCAUUGCACAUUUGCCACGGAUUUAGUUGAUUUAUAUAUAUAAUAUAUUAUAUAACUUUUUUGGCAAAAAAAGCACUAUUUUUAUGGGACAUUUUGUGUAGUAUCUGAAGAGGGAUUGUAAUGUUUAAAAUGUGUUAUGGUGCUAAAGUAAGUUGGAAGGGAAAAAACCCAGAAAUAGCAAGGGAGGGUGGGGAGGGAAGACAAGAUAGCGAAUACUGAACUUGAAAUUUUAGCUUUUCGUUUUAGGAAAAGUGUGAUAAAUGUGUUUCUUUUCUCUUCUGAAAUAUAGCUUGGUCAUGACCAUAUGAGCUAGUUGGCUGUUACUCAUGUACACAGAUGCACGCACACACAGAAAUACAUCAACACGCAUCCUUUUUUU